AUGCUAUCUCUUCGAAGAAAAGCUGAACAACAUCGCCAUAAAAAGAAAUUAGCGGGAAAAUCUCGAGGAGACGAUGGAAUCACCUCAGUUUCUGGCCAGUCUGGAGUUUCUGGUACCAAUGGAACUGAUACUUCGGCAGUGGUAGCCACAACUACCGGUGUAGCUGAUUCAAAGGUAUUUGCAGAAACUGAGAGAAGUAUGGCUGAAUUAGAUAAUACCUUCUCAACAUUUAACAUUAUAUUCGAUAAGUUAAGAAGUCCGAUACCCCAAGAACGCAUCACAGCUUCCUAUGAACUAAAAACGUCUUUAAUUUCUUUGGCUCGUGAAGUCUCCAUUGAGCAGUUUCAAAGAUUUAGUAAUAUUCUUAAUAAUAAGAUUUUUGAAUUGAUUCAUGGCUCUGAUUCAAGUGAAAAAAUUGGUGGCAUCCUAGCUGUAGACACGCUAAUUGAAUUUUAUUCGCAUACUGAGGAAUUACCAAACCAAACUUCUAGGUUAGCCAAUUAUUUAAGAGUAUUAAUUCCAUCCAAUGAUAUUGAAGUAAUGCGACUUGCAGCAAAUACUUUGGGUAAAUUAGCAAUCCCAGGUGGGACCUUGACUUCAGAAUUUGUCGAAUUUGAAGUUAAAACCUGUAUUGAAUGGCUCACAACUUCUCAUGAAAAUAAUUCUUCAAAUUCGAAACAGGAGUACAGAAAGCAUGCUGCAUUGUUAAUUAUUACUGCUUUAACAAACAACUCACCUUAUUUAUUAUACCCUUAUGUUAACUCCAUCUUGGACAAUAUAUGGCGAGCCUUAAGAGAUACUAAGUUAAUGAUCAGAAUGGAUGGGGCAGUAACAUUAGGGAAAUGUUUAUCGAUAUUAAAAGAUAGAGAUACAGUAUUAUUAAAACAAUGGUUUCAAAGCCUUUUUAAAGGUUGUGUUUUCGGUUUGAACCUUAAUACAAACGAAUCGAUACAUGCUACUCUACUAGUGUAUAGAGAGUUGCUAUCAUUAAAAGAAGGUUCAUAUAUUAAAAAUAAAUAUGAUGAGAUCUAUCAAUCAACCAUGAAAUUUAAAGACUUCAAGUUUGACGUCAUUCGUAAGGAAAUAUAUCUUAUUUUGCCAUUGUUAGCCUCAUUUGACUCAAAAUUAUUCACUACCAAAUACUUAGAUCAAUCAAUGGUUCAUUAUCUUUCAGUGUUAAAGAAUAUUAACCAAAACACAACUAAUUUUGCUGAUAAGUCGUCAAUAUUGGUCUCAAUUGGUGAUAUCUCAUUUGAAGUUGGAUCUAGUAUUGUACCAUACAUGGAGCAGAUACUUGAAAAUAUUAGACUAAGCUUACAAACUAAAUUUAAAAAUAGAAAACUGUACGAACGGGAAUUAUUUUAUUGUAUUGGAAAAUUAGCGUCAGCUGUAGGACCUGCGUUAGCAAAACAUUUAAAUAAAGAUUUAUUAGAUCAUAUGUUGGCAUGUCCGCUGUCAGAUUAUAUGCAAAGAACUUUACUAAUAAUUAAUGAAAAAAUACCAGCUCUGGAACCAACAAUAAACGCGAGAUUGCUGGACCUUUUAUGUACAUCAUUAUCUGGUGAAAAGUUUCAACAGCCUGGAUCUCCUGUACUAAUUAAACCAUUCUCUAUGGAACGAGCAAGAAAUUGGAGAAACCAAAAUAUUUCAAGAAAAACAGAUGAAAUAAAUGAUGAUGUCAAUGAUGCUCAAAUUCUAAUUCAAGUAUUAAGAAUGUUACAAUCCAUUAAUCAUAAAUAUUCAUUGACCGAAUUCGUUAGGGUUGUUAUUAUGUCUUAUAUUGAGCAUGAAAAUCCCAAUGUUAGAAAAUUGGCUGUGCUAACUUCCUGUGAUCUAUUUGUAAAGGAUGAUAUUUGUAGACAAACAUCUCGGAAUGCUUUAAAUUCCGUAUCAGAAGUAUUAAGUAAAUUAUUGACCGUUGCAAUAACAGAUCCUGUAGCAGAAAUUAGAUUUGAAAUUUUACAACAUUUAAGUUCAAGUUUUGAUCCACAAUUAGCACAACCAGAUAAUAUUCGUUUACUUUUUAUGAUUUUGAAUGACGAAGUUUUUACUAUCCAAAUGGAAACAAUGAGGAUAAUCGGUAGAUUAACAUCUAUUAACCCUGCAUAUAUUAUACCAGCAUUAAGAAAAACAUUGUUAGAAUUAUUAACACAAUUAAAAUACUCUAAUAUGCCACGAAAGAAGGAGGAAAGUGCAACAUUAUUGUGCACAUUAAUUAGUUCCAGUAAAUCUGUAACUAAACCCUAUAUUGAACCAAUUUUAGACGUACUGUUACCAAAAUCCAAAGGUUCUUCUUCUGCUGUUGCAUCAACUGCAUUAAAGGCAAUUGGUGAAUUAUCAGUAGUUGGUGGUGAGGAUAUGAAGAAACACUUAAAAGAAUUAAUGCCAUUAAUUAUUGAUACCUUUCAAGACCAAUCAAAUUCUUUUAAAAGAGACGCUGCUUUAAAGACACUAGGUCAAUUAGCUGCAUCAUCUGGUUAUGUUAUCGACCCAUUACUUGAUUACCCUGAACUUCUCGGAGUUCUAAUAAAUAUACUGAAAUCUGAAAGUGCGCCAAAUAUUAGAAGGGAAACCGUUAGGUUAAUUGGUAUUUUGGGUGCUUUAGAUCCUUACAAACAUAGGGAAGUUGAAGUUAUCUCGAACACCAAACUUUCAAUGGAGCAAAAUGCCCCAUCAAUCGAUAUUGCUCUUUUAAUGCAAGGUAUUUCACCAUCAAAUGAAGAAUAUUACCCGACUGUAGUUAUUAAUACUCUAAUGAAGAUAUUACGUGAUUCUUCAUUAUCUUCGCAUCAUACCUCAGUAAUUCAAGCAAUUAUGAAUAUUUUCCAGACUUUAGGAUUGCGCUGUGUUUCAUUUUUGAAACAAAUUAUUCCAGGUAUUAUAUCUGUUAUGCACUCUUGUCCUCCUUCAUUAUUAGAAUUUUAUUUUCAGCAAUUAAGUUCAUUGGUUACUAUUGUUAAGCAGCAUAUCAGGCCACAUGUAGAUGAGAUUUAUCAGGUUAUUCAAGAAUUUUUCCCCAUUUUAAAACUUCAGCUAACAAUAAUAUCGUUGAUCGAAUCAAUUUCAAAAUCUCUAGAGGGUGAAUUUAAGAGAUUUGUUCCCAUGACGUUAACUUUUUUCUUAACAGUUUUAGAGGAUGACAAAUCAAACAAAAAGGCGGUUUCUUUGAGAAUAUUAAAAUCACUAGUAGUAUUCAACUCAAAUUUGGAGGACUACGCACAUUUAAUUGUUCCAACUGUAGUUCGUUUGGCUGAAUAUUCCCCUUCAUAUCUGAAAAAAAUGGCUAUUAUAACACUGGGUAAAAUGGCAAAAAGCAUAAACCUUUCAGAAAUGUCAUCAAGAAUUGUUCAAGCAAUGGUUCGUAUUUUGAAUUCGGGAGAAAAAGAGGUGUCAAAGGCUAUAAUGAAUACUUUAAGUUUACUUUUACUGCAAUUAAAUACUGAUUUUACAGUUUUUAUUCCCGUAAUUAAUAGAGCAUUGGAAAGAAAUAGAAUUCAGCACACUAUUUACGACCAACUUGUGAAUCAGUUACUGAAUAAUGAAGGUCUUCCAUCCAAUGUUAUUCUUGAUAAAGAAUUUGAGCCGCCAAACAAAGAUAUCCCAGAGACUGAUACAACUUUACCAAAGUUGCCAGUCAACCAAUCGUUAUUAAGAAAUGUUUGGGACUGUAGCCAACAACGUACUAAAGAUGAUUGGCAAGAAUGGAUAAGACAUUUGUCCAUACAACUACUAAAAGAAUCUCCCUCUCAUGCCUUAAGAGCUUGCUCUGGAUUGGCAGGACUUUAUUACCCGCUAGCAAGGGAACUAUUUAAUACUUCAUUCGCAAGUUGUUGGACUGAACUUUAUACACAAAAUCAAGAAGACCUCGUGCAGUCGUUAUGUGCAGCUUUAUCGUCACCUCAAAACCCUCCGGAAAUUCAUCAAACCUUAUUAAAUUUAGUGGAAUUUAUGGAACAUGAUGAUAAGACAUUGCCAAUUCCAAUCCAGACACUGGGCCAAUAUGCUCAGAGAUGCCAUGCUUAUGCAAAAGCAUUACAUUAUAAGGAAGUCGAAUUUAUGCAGGAUUCUACAACAAGUACAAUUGAGUCAUUGAUUAGUAUAAAUAAUCAAUUGCAUCAAACAGAUGCUGCUAUCGGAAUUUUAAAGCAUGCUCAACAGCACCAUGAUUUACAAUUGAAAGAAACUUGGUACGAAAAAUUGCAGCGUUGGGAAGAUGCUUUAAGUGCAUAUAACCAGCGUGAACUUGCUGGGGAUGAUUCUAUAGAAGUUAUGAUGGGUAAGAUGAGAUCAUUACAUGCUUUGGGUGAAUGGGAAAAUUUAGGUGACCUUGCUGCCAGCAAAUGGGACUCCUCCAAAUUAGAAAUCAAGAAGUUUAUUGCCCCACUUGCCGCAGGUGCUGCAUGGGGCCUUUCUCAAUGGGAUAAGAUUGAACAAUAUAUAAACGUUAUGAAGCCUCAAUCCCCAGAUAAAGAAUUUUUUGAUGCCGUUUUAUGUAUUCAUAGAAAUAAUUUCGAAAAAGCAGGAAAGCAUAUUUUUAAUGCUCGUGAACUUUUGGUCACAGAAAUAUCAGCCCUUAUUAACGAAAGUUAUAAUAGAGCUUAUAGCGUUGUUGUUAGGACUCAAAUAAUUGCAGAAUUAGAAGAAAUUAUUAAAUACAAAAAACUGCCUCAGAAUUCUGAAGAACGUAUUUUAAUAAGGCAAACAUGGAAUAAAAGAUUACUUGGCUGUCAAAAGAAUGUCGAUGUAUGGCAACGUGUACUAAGAGUUAGAUCAUUAGUGGUGAAACCAAAACAAGAUAUGCAAAUUUGGAUUAAAUUUGCAAAUCUAUGUAGAAAAUCAGGUAGAAUGGGAUUGGCUAGAAAAGCAUUAAAUUCGUUAUUAGAAGACGGUGGAGAUCCAGAUCAUCCAAAUACUGCAAGAGCUCCACCACCGGUUGUUUAUGCACAAUUAAAAUACCUGUGGGCUACAGGAUCUCAUAGAGAAGCCCUACUCCAUUUAGUUGGAUUCACUUCACGCAUGGCUCAUGAUUUAGGUUUAGACCCAAAUAAUAUGAUAGCACAAAAUGUCCCACAGAAAACAAAUAUGUCGCCACAGCAUGUUGAAGAGUUUACUAAACUUUUAGCGCGUUGUUUCUUGAAACAAGGUGAAUGGAGAGUUUCAUUGCAAGUUGGUUGGAGAAUAGAAAAUCCUGAUGCAAUCUUGGGAUCCUACUUAUUGGCCACUCAUUUUGAUGACACUUGGUAUAAGGCUUGGCAUAAUUGGGCCCUAGCUAAUUUUGAGGUCAUCUCUAUGAUAACGUCUAGAACUAAAGAAAAGACAAAUGGAGUAUGCGAUGCUUCAUUAAAUGGAAUUUUUAGUAUCGAAAAUGGCAUAAUGGGCGCUACGUCUGCUCAAUCAGAAAAUAGUAACGCCUACCCCUCUGAAAUCAUUCAGAGACAUGUUGUUCCAGCGAUUAAAGGGUUUUUCCAUUCUAUUUCUCUUUCAGAAUCCAGUUCUCUACAAGAUACUUUGAGAUUACUAACUCUGUGGUUUACCUUUGGUGGUAUUCCAGAGGCAACCCAAGCAAUGCAUGAGGGGUUUAGCAUGAUAAAAAUUGGUAACUGGUUAGAAGUUUUACCACAAUUAAUUUCUCGUAUUCAUCAACCUGACCAAGUGGUUAGUAGAUCUUUAUUAUCUUUACUAUCAGAUUUGGGAAAAUCUCAUCCACAAGCUCUUGUAUAUCCAUUAACUGUGGCAAUUAAGUCAGAAUCUGUAUCUAGACAAAAAGCUGCACUGUCUAUUAUUGAAAAAAUGAGAAUCCAUAGUCCAGUUUUGGUGGAUCAAGCUGAACUAGUAAGUCAUGAACUUAUUAGAGUUGCAGUAUUAUGGCAUGAAUUGUGGUAUGAAGGGUUAGAAGAUGCUAGUAGACAAUUUUUUGGUGAGCAUAACACGGAAAAAAUGUUUGCAACACUGGAACCUUUGCAUGAAAUGUUAAAACGUGGUCCUGAAACUUUAAGGGAAAUUUCUUUCCAAAAUAUUUUCGGUAGGGACUUGAACGACGCCUAUGAAUGGGUCAUGAAUUACAAGCGCACUAAAGAUGUUAGCAAUUUAAAUCAAGCAUGGGAUAUUUAUUAUAAUGUUUUCCGCAAAAUUAGCAAGCAAUUACCUCAAUUGCAAACAUUAGAAUUACAACAUGUUUCACCUAAACUUCUGAUGGCUCAUGAUUUGGAAUUGGCUUUACCGGGAACAUAUUCAGCUGGUCAGCCUGUUGUCAGGAUCGCCUACUUUGAGGAGGUCUUUUCAGUGAUUUCUUCAAAACAAAGACCACGUAAAAUCUCAAUUAAAGGUAGCGAUGGUAAAGAUUAUCAAUAUGCAUUGAAAGGGCAUGAGGAUAUUCGACAAGAUUCAUUGGUUAUGCAAUUAUUUGGCCUAGUGAAUACCUUACUGCAAAACGAUUCGGAAUGCUUUCAAAGACAUUUGGAUAUACAACAAUUUCCUGCUAUUCCUUUAUCUCCAAAAACAGGUCUACUGGGGUGGGUUCCAAAAAGUGAUACAUUUCACGUGUUAAUCAGAGAACACAGAGAAGCUAAGAAGAUACCGUUGAAUAUUGAACAUUGGGUUAUGCUUCAAAUGGCGCCUGAUUAUGACAAUUUAACCUUGUUGGAAAAGGUUGAAGUGUUUACCUAUGCCUUAGAUAAUACGAGAGGUCAAGAUUUAUACAAAGUGUUAUGGCUAAGAAGUCGUUCAUCUGAAUCCUGGUUAGAGCGGAGAACAACCUACACUAGAUCUUUGGCAGUAAUGUCGAUGGUUGGUUAUAUUUUGGGAUUAGGGGAUAGACAUCCAAGUAAUUUAAUGCUAGAUAGAAUAACUGGUAAGGUUGUUCACAUUGAUUUUGGUGAUUGUUUUGAAGCUGCAAUAUUAAGAGAAAAAUAUCCAGAAAAGGUUCCAUUUAGGUUAACAAGAAUGCUUACCCGUGCAAUGGAAGUUAGUGGUAUUGAAGGUGGCUUCCGUAUUACCUGUGAAAAGGUUAUGAGAGUAUUGAGGGAUAACAAGGAAUCAUUAAUGGCCAUUUUAGAAGCAUUUGCUUUUGAUCCCUUAAUUCAUUGGGGAUUCGAUUUACCAGCACAAACUAUAGCCGAAAGAACUGGUAUUGAGCUACCAUUGACAAAUCCUAGUGAACUAUUAAGAAAAGGUACUAUUUCUGUAGAAGAAGCAACAAAAAUGGAGGCAGAUCAAGCAACUGAAAUUAGAAAUGCCAGAGCUAUGCUAGUUUUACGCCGUAUUACUGAUAAAUUGACAGGUAAUGAUUUCCAUAGAUUCAGUGCAUUGGACGUUCCCGAACAGGUUGACAAAUUAAUUUUACAAGCUACCUCGAUAGAAAAUCUGUGUCAACAUUAUAUUGGUUGGUGUCCAUUUUGGUAA